UUUAACAACCCGAAACACGAAAAAUAUUGCAAUAAAAACAAAAGCUUCUCAACCAAAAAGACAGCGACAUCCAGCAGCACCACCACAUCGAACGCCGCCUCGGCCCUGAAACAUCCCCAGCAGAGCAGCACACAGGUGCAGGAUAUCAAUUCGCCACUGAUACAGGAGGAUGGCGACAACAAGGUAUUGAAGCUCCGCUUCGACGUUAGUCAGUACGCACCGGAGGAAAUUGUAGUGAAGACUGUGGACAACAAACUGCUGGUUCACGCCAAGCACGAGGAGAAGUCCGACACCAAGUCGGUCUACAGGGAGUACAACCGCGAGUUCCUGCUGCCCAAGGGCUGCAAUCCGGAGCUGAUCAAGUCAUCCCUCAGCAAGGACGGCGUCCUCACGGUGGAUGCUCCCUUGCCACCACAAGCGCUGACCGCCGGCGAAACUAUGAUUCCAAUUGCCCAUCACUAGAAAGACCAUCCCGGGGGGAACGCAGCGAUAACAUCUAAAAUCUGAAAAUCAGUAGAGAGCGGGAGCAGCUCGUCUUUGAAGCCAUAUUGAUACAUUAGCCGCGCAGCGUGCAUUCAGUGAACAAAUGAACAGAAUCAUCAAAAGGAAAAAAAAACAAAUCAUUGCUUUUAUACUCAUCAUUGUUUCUAGUUUAGAAUUCACCUGCCAAGUAAUUGGAAUAGGAGAUCAAGCAAUCACUCCUAGAAGCAAAGCAACAGCAUCACUUGUAAGAGGAAACCAUUUUUUGAUAAACGAUAUUUAAUGUGAUAGGACUAGUACGCAUGCACACUAUUACUUACGAUUUGAUAACAUCUCCUAACACAAUUCUAUUGUUUCAACCAGUCAGUCACCAUAUGAAGCAUCCGGUUAUACAAAACACACAGUUUAAAGUGGCCUUUACUCAUCGGUUUUACGUCGCAUCAACGAAACAAAAAGCCUAACGGUUCUAACCUAUUCUAAACUUAGUUUGUUCAGGAAGAUUUUACAGUGACCAAUCGCUAUUGAUUCUUGCUAAAACUUAAUGUGCACCUCGACCGAUCCGAUUGAUAUUGCUAGCAGGGGUAACUCUGAGUACAUUAUUGUUAUAACAUUGGCGCGCAGCAGAGACAUGUUUUUUAUACGAACGGAAACUGCGUUUUAAGUGAGAAGGUUUCACACCGACUGGUAUUUGCAGAGCGAUUUCUUUUCUAGUUUUUUUGUUUUUCGAUGCAACAACAAUCGAUAUGUGUGUGAUGACACCAAGAGACCAGAUUUGAGUCGACUACAAUCGUUUGUGUAUUUGUGCUUUAUUUAUUUUAUAUAACGUAAAGUUUCUGAAUAAGGAAUAAAAUCAAAACAUCUAGUUUAA